AUGCCCCUCGAUACCUCUACGACAUACCCUCUGACCCGGCUGCGGUUGGACGGUCGCCGAUGGAACGAACUACGCCUGCUCCAGGCUCAGAUUUCGACCAACCCCGCCAGCUCCGGUUCAUCCUACUUGUCUAUGGGCAAUACUUCGAUCAUGUGCUCGGUUCACGGACCCGCAGAGGGCCGCCGAGGUGAUGCGGCAGGAAGCUCUGGGGCUGUCGUCGAGGUAGAUGUUAAUGUCGCCGGUUUUGCUGGCGUGGAUCGCAGACGACGAGGUGGAGGAGGCGACAAGACAUCCUCGCGCAUUGCGGUCAUCCUCCGUUCUACCUUCCAAUCGCAUUUACACACUUAUCUCUACCCGCACAGCACCAUCAGCAUCCAUGUCUCCGUUCUCUCAUCCGAUGGAUCCGUGCUUGCUGCCGCAAUUAAUGCUUGCACUUUGGCUUUAGUUGAUGCCGGAAUUCCCAUGCCUGGUCUGCUCUGUGGCUGCACAGCUGGCAUGAGUGGAAGUGCCUCGACGCCCAAGGAUCCCCGCCACGAUGAACUCGACCCCCUUCUGGAUCUGUCUCUCCCUGAGGAACAAGAGUUACCCUUGAUGACCAUCGGAACUACCACUGUUGUGCCUGGGGGAGAACAUAACAUGGACGACGACGAAGAAGAGACUACUGUAGCUCUGAUGACUAUGGACUCCAAGUUGCACAGCACAUACACCGAGACUAUGUUGGCUGUAGGUAUCGACGGAUGUAACCAGAUUCGGGAGCUGCUGGAAGGCGUCAUUAAAGGAUCGAACCGGGGAUGA